GUGCACUCAACUCUCUCUCUUUUCUUCCCUUCGUCACCUUCCACCGUCCGUCUAUCUCAUGUCCAUAUCGACUACGCUUAUCAUACAGCCAUCACAAUGUCCCUCCAACAAGUAUCGCUAUCAGCAGCAAUAGCCGCUUCCACCAUCGGCACCUGCAUCGCCCUCUCACCGCCGAACGCCGAGGACAACAUGAACAACGCCGACCAUCCCCCGGACCUGAUGCACUGGCUGCGAAUCACCCACAAGUUCACCAUCCGAGCCAUCCUGGCACCAUUCACCCUCUUAUCCCUCCACACAUCCGCCCUCGCCUACCACCACCCCAACAUCCCCCUCCACCUCCUCCGCCGCGCCGCCGAAAACCACAACCUCAACGAAUCUCUCCUCACCUGGUCCCCCCGUACCGCCAUUCCCCUAGCCCUCAUCCUCUGCGCCGGCAUCCCCCUCCGCCUCGUCCCUUACUCGACGCUCGGCACGAACUUCACCUUCACCCUCACCAAGCCCGACCGCCUCACCACCUCCGGCAUCUACCGCUACGUGCAGCACCCCAGCUACACGGGACUGGCGAUCCUGGUGCUCUCCAACGCGGCGCUGCUGCUACGGCCGGACGGUGCGCUGAGCAGCUGGCUUCCGGGGGGUUGGUGCCUCGCGAUUCGGGAGUGGCAGUGGGGGUUGGUCUCGGUCGCGCUGGCGCUGAUGGCGGGGGGUAUCUCGGCGCGGGUGAAGCAGGAGGAGCGGUUGUUGAAGUCUGCGUUUGGCGGGGAGUGGGAGAGGUGGCAUGCGAAGACGGCGCGGUUUAUACCGUGGGUUUUAUCAGUCUAGAACAUGCAAGUCAAAAGAAAAGUCAAAGCAGGUUGAGCCUUCGGAAUUCGAGACAGCC